UUGCAGGUACAUUUGAUGGUUCUUAUAACAAACUGAUCCACCAAGAGGACAUCAGUGGAGAUGAGCUCACUCUCUAUUCAAACCAAGAACAAGAACAAGUGUCCAUGUCUGUGGUGAGACCUGAAUCCAGUUUGAAACAUUACAAACGGCUUACAGUAAGCCUUGCAGUGCUUGCUGUCAUUCUACUAGCAGUGGACAUUGGCCUGGGAGUCUAUUAUGGUAAAUUUACCGAUGGACAGGAUACCAUAAUGGACAUCAGUGCUGAGGUGGCCAAACUGCAGGCUGCUUACGACACUGCGAUCUGGCACAGGGACGAAGCCAAGAAACAGUUGGCCAGAGAGAUAAGGGAGCAGCAAAUUACCAAGUGGGAGCUUGAUCACCAGAAAAGCAGAAGCAAGGACUACCUUAAACUGAGUGACAACAUUCAAAUGGAAAUAGCAGCUUUGAAAUCCCACAUCCCAAUGAUUAAAGAGGGCUGCAGACACUGUCUACCAGGAUGGACCUUCAUGAACUCAGUGUGUUACUACUUGGCCAUCUCUGAUGCUUUUUCACGAAGGUCAUGGCAGGAAGCCAGACAGUUCUGUAUAAACCAAGGAGGUGACUUGGCAGUGAUCGACAGCAGAGAGAAACACCUGGCAAUAACUGAAUUGACAACAAAUUAUCAAGACCCCUCUCGACCCAUAGCCCACAGUGGCUUCUGGAUCGGAUUGAGAGACAUCGAGGAGGAAGGGAUAUGGAAAUGGCUUGAUGGAACAAGACUGACCACAGGUUACUGGAAUGAUGGAGAGCCGAACGACAGUGGUGGUGAGGACUGUGCAGCAACAUAUCCCAGAGGCAACCCCUUUAAAGCCUGGAAUGAUGCUCCAUGCAAUCAUAUACUGAAAUGGAUUUGCCAAAUGACACCAAGUGUCCAUGUCUGUGGUGAGACCUGAAUCCAGUUUGAAACAUUACAAACGGCUUACAGUAAGCCUUGCAGUGCUUGCUGUCAU